AACCAAGUCUGGUGUUUCUGUGCCAGCCCAUCCUUCAUCUCUCUGCCCCAAAACUUGAAAAUACCAAAGAGAUCCCUACCCAACUUUGGAUAUAUUUCCGCGUUAAUCUUCGACAUUUUUAACCGAUAUCUUCGUUAUUUUGGGAUUCAGUGUGGAAGUUGUAACAGAAAACAAAGGCCUCUCUGGCCAUUACAUCCUUAGUUUAAAAGGGAACCUUUCUUUUGCCAAAGGGUUUAAUUUUACUUGCAAAUCUGCAAUCCCCAAGUCCUGAAGAAGAAGACGAAGAGGAAGAAGAGGAAGAAGAAGAAGGAGAUAGAUAUGACUUGUUUAGUUGCUAGAACGGGAAGGGAGUUGCAGAGGUACAACAUGGGCCGCCGUCAAGUCGUAGGGUGCAUACCUUAUAGAUACAAAAAUGGCGUUGAUGGUACCGAAAGCAAGGAGUUGGAAUUUCUUGUGAUAACUUCACAGAAAGGCAAUGCAUUCAUGUUUCCUAAGGGUGGUUGGGAACUUGAUGAAUCUGUAGAAGAAGCUGCUUCAAGAGAAUCGCUAGAAGAAGCAGGAGUUCUUGGAAAUGUUGAGUGUCAAUUGGGACAAUGGAGUUUCAUGAGCAAAAGACACGACACAUAUUAUGAAGGCUACAUGUUUCCUUUGUUUGUCAAGGAGCAACUGGAUCUCUGGCCAGAGAAGAACGUACGACAACGCGUUUGGAUGACUGCUGCCAAAGCUAGAGAAGCUUGUCAACAUUGGUGGAUGAAGGAAGCCUUGGACAUUUUGGUCGAGCGGCUUACAUCAGAACAGAAUCAGAGGGAUGAAGAAGAUGCGAGUCUAGUAUCGGCUUGUUCUCUGAGCUAAGUAACAGAUAUCAACUCCUAUUAUUCUGUACAUAUUCGACACUUUCUUAGAGAAUCAAGCCGAAAAGGAGAAGAACAAAGAAAAAGAAAUGACAAUACUGCUUAGAGAUGUUUUCAGCCAACCA